CUAAUUGCUGAAAAAACGGUUAACACGUUCAAUGCCAAUAACGCGCUGGCGCGUCGAUACAUGACUUUAGCUAGGUGCCGACGACGCUCUCGCGCGUUCAGACUUUCAUCGAUUAUUAUCUUGGAUUAUUUCACUGGCGCUACAACAGGGCUUUUUAUAUUUUAAAGGCAGGUAACUAGAGGUAUCAAUUCUCUAAUUUUGUUCUUGGUUUUUCGAUUUACGACUUUUUGUCCCGAUAGGAUGUGUAUAUCUGUUGGCUUUGUAUUAAGUGUAAAUAUCAGUAAUAGCACAUAUAAUUCUGCAAAUGCUUAUUAAUUUAUCGGAUUACUAACCGUGUAAAAAUUAAACAUUCCCAGAUUUCGGUAUUUCCCCUAUUUUCUAGAGUCGCUAAUCGUAAAGCUUGGUAAUACCCGGAUAAUUUCGGGGUUUCCCCUAAAUGUUAUUUGAGUUCUUUAGUUCUUUUACAUCUCCUUUGGUUAUUUUAUAUUUGAAUGGCAUAGGGUAAGCAUACGGAAGUGCAAAAAUGAAUAACACUGACGAUAUUUUACAAAGUGGCUCAAAUUCAAAUAAAAAAAUAAAAUUAGAUAUGAAAAAAAAAUUAACAGAGGAAGAACUUUUGAGAUUAUUAGAAACAAGCGAUGAAGAAUUUAGUGACUUUCUUGAUUCAGACAGUGAAUAUUUACCAGAAUCUGAGGAUGAAAUUGAAAAUACUUUACCUACAGCACUUAUUGAGGAUACGGAAGAUACGCCUAAUCUACUCGUUGAUGUUGAUGAAAGCGAUAAAUGGAAAGAAAAUUUUGAUGGUAUGAAAAAUUUUCCUUUUUUAAAACACCAAGAGUUACUAGUAGAAGUUUCCGAUAAUAAUCCAGUUGACUUUUUUCGGAUGCUACUUACAGAUGAAUGUUUGCAGCAAGUAUGUGAUGAGACAAACAGGUAUGCCGAGCACAUUUUCUUAUCUAAUGCAGGGGCGACACAUUCUAGGAUUUUCGAUUGGAAAAUUUUGGGUCAUAUUUCGUUGCCUAGGAUUGAGGAUUAUUGGAAAAAGAAAGAUCCUCUUUUUGCUAAUGCAAUUUUUUCCACUUUUAUGGGCCGGAACAGAUUUAUGGUCAUCAUAAUGCGAUGUUUGCAUUUUAAUAAUAAUCCAGAAGAGGGAGAACAAGUACCUGAAGACAGAAUUUAUAAAAUUAGACCGAUGAUAAACUUUUUCAAUAAGAGAAUGGAAGAAGUUUAUUAUCCUGAUCGUAAUUUGAGCUUAGAUGAGUCAAUGGUAUUACACAGAGGACGACUUAAUUUUAGACAAUACUUAAAAAACAAAAAACAUAAAUAUGGGAUUAAGUUGUAUAUGUUGACCGAACCAAAUGGUCUAAUUUUAAAAUUUUUAGUUUAUUCUGGAAUGUUUGACGAUUCAGGUGGAAAAGGACAUGUUAAUAAAGUGGUUUUGCACCUUUUAGAAGGGAAACUAAAUGUAGGCCAUUGCGUUUACAUGGACAAUUUUUACAACAGCUUUGAUUUAGCUAAAAAUUUACUUGAAUUUUCCACUUACUGCACAGGAACUCUUAGAAUUGACCGUAAAAAUAAUCCGGCAGAAGUAAGGCAAGAAAAACUUGCUAAAAGUGCAACAAUUGCCCGUUGCCGAAAAGGGGUAUUAGUUGGCAAAUGGAAGGAUAAAAGGGACGUUUACUAUAUAACAACAGAAUGUCAAAACACUUUACAAGAAGUUACAACAAGAAGAGGUCAACAUGUAAUAAAACCAGAGCCUAUUAUCAGAUAUAAUAAAAAUAUGUCUGGUAUUGACCGGCAAGACCAGAUGCUUGCCUAUUAUCCGAGUCAACGAAAAACUGUACGAUGGCCAACAAAAAUAUUUAUACAUGUUAUACAGAUGAUGGCUAUAAAUGCCCACAUACUAUACAACAAGUACUCUGGAAAAAAGAUUGGUCUUUACGAAUUUCGUUUACAACUCGUUAGAUCCCUUUUAAAAGUUAUUAAUUCUGAAGCCAAACUUGUUCCAAAAGAUCAUUCAGUAACAAAACGAGAGGUAAAGGAUGUAAAGGGAAAAGUUAUGAGAAAACGCUGUAAAACUUGCAGUCAACAAAAUAUUCGUAAAGAUACAAUUUACGAAUGCAAAGCCUGUCCCGAUACCCCUGGAUUUUGUCUGGAUUGCUGUCAAAUAUCCCACAAAGUUUAAUGUUGUUUUAUUUACUUAUAAUUUAUGUUAUUUUGUAUUUCUUGUUUUGUUUUGUAUUAGUAAAUAAAUGUUCCUACUGAU